AUCAAGCACUCGUUUGACACAAAGGAAAAAAUAGCCCAGCCUCACCUUAGAGACUUCUCCCUCUCUCAAAGUAUCGAGUAGAAAUUGUAGAAUGGCAUCACCAACUCACUCCCUCGCUAACAAAAUACCAAUGGAACGCCAGGAACACAAAUUGGUGUUGGAGGAGGAGGAGGAGGAAGUGCUGUCUCUGCAAACCAGGCAGUUUCAGCACAGCAACACUGCUGCAGACACUACUACUCUGCUUGCCAAUAUUUCCUCUAACAACGAUGAUGGUAAUGAAAAUGGAAAUGGAAUUAGUAGCCUUAUUAGCAGCAGCAGCAGCAGCAUUAAUGACCACUCAGAGACACCGAAAGUAGGAGUAUCAUCUCCCUGUGGAUCUCCACAUAAACACAGUGGGGAUGAGGAGAGAGUCCACCAUCUAGAUAGCGUUUACUUUGACCAAAACCAAGGUGCUGAUUCCAUUGAUGGAGUUUCAGACGUGAGAUGUGGUGGUGUUACAUGUUCUGUUUUUGAGACAAGUCCCGGAGAUGUGGAAGUCCUUAUAAAGAAAUCUGAGAUUCAGAAAAGUCUAAUCAAAGAUGUCAACCUUCAAUCAAGGGAAAAUUUGGACAAUGAAGGGCUUUCUAGUUCAAGUCUUACACCUUUAGAAGGUACAUUUGAAGAACACAAUAUUAAAUCAAAACCCUCUGACAGUGAAACUAGAGUAGUUGGAGAUCUGGACUUGAUAGAAGAAACAGACCAGGAAGUGACAGAAUUAGAUGUUGAGAAGGUGUUAGAGAAGCAGAAUACACAUGAUUUGUAUUGCCCUAAUUGUAAUUCUUGUAUAACCAGAAGGGUUAUCCUUCGUAGAAGAACACGAAAGAUUCAUAAAGCACCCCGUAAACCAAAACACACAAAAGCUGACACAAUUCUUCCCUCUCAGUCAGAUGCCAAUUCUACCUAUUCAGAUGCCAAUUCUGCAGAUUCAGCCAAGGGUUCAAGUCAUGAUAUAGCUAACAUUGGUUCAAAUGAUAUCCCAACACCUGCAGUCGAUGAAUACAAUGGUGAUAGACAACCAGAUGUAUUCAGAUGCUUAUCAUGUUUCAGCUUCUUUAUUCCUGCAGGAAAUGGUUUUAAAUUGUUUCGGGUAUCAUCCACCGAGAAUGAAAAUGAACAAGUUCCUCCGAAGAUAUCAACAACCAACACAAACUGGUUCUUAUCUAUUUUUGCAACACAUAAGAGGAAAACAACCACCGAGCAAGGUAAUGCUGCAGUGGACCACACUCAAGUAUGUGGAAUGAAUCAGGACACCUCAUCAGGUUUUCCUAACAAUGUUUCAUCCUCAAAUGGAAGCGAUCAUUCAGUAAUGCCACAUGCUGAAAGAACUACAGUCAAAAUUGGAGAACAUCCAGAAGGUUCUUAUUCUAAGCCUCACCAAAGUGGAACAGAAUCUCUGAAUCCUUCAACAAUGGAGCCAUUAUUGCAUGAUAAAUCACCACAAGGAAUAAACCUCAAUUCCAAUUUGACAACUAGGAAUGGGAUACUUGCAGAUCAAAAUUCUCCUCUCCUUUCUAUUGAUUUGCCACCAGUUGAAUCCUCUUCUAUUGCAGGAUUAGAUGAUAUGGGGGGUGCUUCUCUUAAAGAUGGAAUGGGGAUUGUAAUUUCUUCAAGGGAAACAAAAUUUGCUGAAACUACAUUGAACAGUGCAAGAGAGAAAUCAGGUGAUGCAGCUGAAAACUCAGGUGGGUCUUCAGUGAACCAUGCUAUCAUGGAUACUGUUCAACAGUUACCAUACUCUUCAGGUAGCAUAGAGGGCCUAAAGGAAAAUGCAUCACUCCAACCCUGGCAAGGCAGAGUGAAUCCUCCAGAGUAUUCAACUUCCAUAUCUUUAAUCCUUGAGCAGUCAGAGAUACGAAUAGAAGAGAAUUUCAACAUGGCAAAAGGGAAUGAAAAACCUUUACAAAAUGGUCGGGCCUCGUCAACACAAGGAACCUCAUUACCCUCUCAAUUGUAUUCUAAAGAAGGAUUUAUAAAUGAUGCUCCUUUGAAAUACUAUGAAGUUGGAAAAGGUGCUCUAAAUUCUUUGAGCCAAGGAACCUCAAGGCCUGAAAAGGAGAGAGUCAAUAUUGGAGAAGAUGCAGUUAAUUCUGUCAAAAACAAAAAUAUAGGAAAUGAUGUCAUAGUCACCAUUGAAAAGGAGCCACCACAACGUAGAGAUUCUGAGAUUGUCUGUAUUGAUUCAGUAGAACCCACGAGUUUGCUGAACAGUACGAACAAGACAAAUAUGGGUGAACCUGGUGCUGGAGUAGGUGAAUCCCGGCAAUGGGAAAUUAUAAAAAGCAUUGUCUAUGGCGGUUUAAUAGAAUCAAUUACAAGUUUAAGUGUAGUGUCUUCUGCUGCUGGUGCUGGUGCUGCAAAUUUGAACAUUAUAGCUCUUGGCUUGGCAAAUUUGAUUGGAGGACUUUUCAUAAUUGGUCAUAAUCUUGUGGAUCUGAAAAAUGAUCGUUCCACUCAAGUGAAUGAGCAGGAGGAUCGUUACCAAGAAACACUAGGACGACGGGACAACUUUUCAUUCCAUGCAACAGUAUCUAUUUUAUCAUUCCUUGUUUUUGGGCUACUGCCUCCUGUCAUGUAUGGAUUCUUGUUUCGGAAGAGUGAUGAUAGAGAUCUUAAGCUUGCAGCAGUUGGCGGGGCCUCUUUUUUUUGCAUCAUAUUGCUUGCUGUAGGGAAGGCCCACAUUCAGAGGAAGCAACCCAAGCCAUACAUCAGCACUGCAUUAUACUUUUUUAGCAUUGGGCUUAUGGCUUCGGGUGCUUCUUACAUAGCCGGGGACCUCAUCGGUAAACUAUUACAGAAAAUAGGUGGGUUUGAGUCAAACUUGCUUCAGGAAUUGAAACCAUCGGAGCCGGCGACAUGGGCAUCUUAUUGAAGUAUUGAAAUCUCAAUUCUUGGCUUUUCUUGGUUUUU